CUCGACUCCGACACUAGCUAACACAAGCCAGUCUACCGCGAGCUCUCGAUCGCAGCGGUUCGCGUUUAAAAACAUUAGAAUUGGCAGAAUGUCUUCCUGCAGUCUGUGGGACGCUGACCAGGAGGUCGAGUACCUCCGCGAGUAUCUGCAAAUCCCGAGCGUCCAUCCCAAUCCGGACUACAAACCAUGCCUCGAGUUCCUUGAGCGUCAGGCAGCGACGCUAGAACUGCCCCUCAAGGUUUACUAUCCAGCAAACGAGGAGAACCCCGUAGUCGUCUUGACCUGGGAAGGCCUCGAACCGGAGUUGCCAAGUAUCCUGCUGAACUCCCACAUGGACGUGGUCCCCGUCUUCCCGGAGAACUGGAAGCAUCCGCCCUUCGCAGCAGAGAUGGACGAGGAAGGACGCAUUUUCGCCAGAGGAGCUCAGGAUAUGAAAAGUGUGGGGAUGCAGUACCUGGCAGCCAUCAGGGCUCUGAAGAACGAGGGCGCUCGGUUCAAGCGAACUAUCCACAUCUCCUUUGUAGCAGAUGAGGAAUUGGGAGGCCGACUGGGAAUGCGCCCAUUUGUGAACACAAACGACUUCCGGGACCUGAACGUCGGGUUUGGAUUGGAUGAGGGCUUGGCCUCCCCCAACGAGGAGUUCCCAGUCUUCUAUGCCGAAAGAGCGGUGUGGCGGGUGUACUUCAACAUCAGUGGCACUGCCGGCCAUGGAUCUCUUUUGCUGCCCAACACCGCUGGGGAGAAGCUGAACUACAUAGUCAGCAAGAUGAUGGAGUUGAGAAAGUCCCAGGUGCAGAGAUUGGAAAACGACCCUGAUCUGGUCAUUGGAGACGUCACGACCAUUAACUUGACGCGCGUUAGUGGUGGCGUUCAAAGCAACGUUGUGCCUCCUUUGUUGGUAGUCUGCUUCGAUUGCCGUUUGGCCCUCGACGUGGACCACGUGGAGUUUGAAGCCAAGCUCCAACAGUGGUGCGAAGAGGCGGGCGGAGGCAUUGAACUGACCUACGAGCAGAAGCAGCCCAGGGUCGCGCCCACGGCCAUUGACUCCAGCAAUCCCUUUUGGACUGCGUUCAAAAAAGCCACCGAUGAGCUGGAGAUCUGCAUAAGGACGCAAAUAUUCACGGGAGGAACCGACAGCAGAUACAUCCGCCAACAGGGAAUUCCGGCGCUGGGCUUCUCGCCCAUGAACCACACCCCAGUGCUGCUCCACGACCACGACGAGUUCAUCCGGGCAGACACCUACCUCAAGGGCGUCGACAUAUACAAAAAAAUAAUAGGCCAUAUUGCCAAUGUCUAGUGAGCUGGGCUCGAUAACAGAUAAUAUACCUUAUAUGAUGUGCCACAUAGGCAUUCUAUCAAAAUAUAAAUAAACUUAGUUACGAUCAUA